AUGAUUCUGCUACGAUUUCAUCGAGAUGAUGCAUCAUGGAAUGAAUACUAUCCCCGAGUCAAUAGUCCCACAAUAUAUUCUAAUCGUCAAACUCAGUUAUCCGCAAAUGGAAACAUUUUUGUUACAUUAUCAACAUUUUCACGAAUUUCCAAAGCAAUUGAUAUUGAAAGUGGAAAUCUUCUUGUUACUGACUCGAAAUUUACUUCAUGUUCAGCUCUAAAUGGAGGAGGAAUCUACAUAACUUCAAAUUCUGGUAUUUUUGUUCGUUUGAAUUCAAAUGAUUGCAGCUGCUCGGGCAAUGUUGCCUUUAUUUACUCAAAGUCAUCUAAUUUCUUGGGAAUUUCGAACUCAAUUACACAAGCAAAUGGAAAUGGAUUCAAUGGAAUAUCAAUUAACAAUGGUAAGCAAAAUUUGACGACAACCAAUAUUAGUAAGUCUUAUCAAUUGAUUAAUUCCGCUUAUUUAUUUAAUCAAUGUGAUAUAUCUCAUGGAAAUAUUUCUUUAUGUACAAUCAUAGAUAAUGCAGCUACUCAAAGAGUUUCUUAUUUGGGUUAUCAGCAAUAUCGUAUUAAAUGCACAGUAUAUGCACGAAACAGUGGCUCAGAUUGUAUUAUUUUUGAAAAUUCAAAUGCAUAUUUUCAAAUUGAAAACAGUAUAAUUGUUGAAAACUCUGCACCAUUAUUUUCAAAAAGUCAAAGUGGAAAUGGAGGACUAAUAUAUAAUUCAUAUUAUAGCAAUCCAUCAAUUUCAGAUUAUGGUUGCAUCAUAUCAAAUGAAUUACAUGAAACAAAUACUACAUCCAUGUUCGCCAAGGAAUUUUGUCAAGCUGCAAUAUUUAAACCCUCAACAAUCGAAACUAUUAACUUGGAUGAUGAGAUAGACUUAACUAUCAAUACUUUGAUGCUUUCAUUCAUUUAUUGGACAUGA